AUGGACCUGGUGCUGGAGUGGGCCAUGAGGAGAGUGGUGAACUGGCAUUUACUGGAGCUCCCCAAUGGCAGCAUGGGAGUGUCUGAACCCCAGCAACUUCUCCCAGGAGAGAAAUCUUAUUCAUCUGUACCAGAGGAAGGAGGGGCAACCCAUAUUUAUUGA